UCGUUUUGUGUCUGCAACUGUCUGUAUAAAAUCAUUUGAUUUCCUGCGUGGUUUACCAGUCACCAGGAGAGACUUGAGGAAACAUACCUUUUUUUGCUCUGUUUCAAAUUUGAUAGAGGAUAAUGGCACGCGGGUUGGAUUUUACUGGCGGUAAUGUUUCUGAGAUGACUACGUUUUACUCGGGACACUACUGGCCAGCCACAUGCCUGGACAUGAACACCAACGACGAUUACGCACAGGACACCAGCAGAGUGAACCAUGAUGCUCCCCACAGGAUGCGCUCGGACACCCAACGCCGCCGGAAGCGCACGACUUUCAGCAAGGCGCAGCUGAGCGAGCUGGAGAGGGCUUUCUCUGUCACACAGUACCCGGACAUCAAAAUGAAGGAGUCUCUUGCAUCAAUAACUGGGCUACCGGAGUCUAAAAUCCAGGUCUGGUUUCAGAACCGACGCGCGCGCUAUUUCAAGAGCAAGAAACCGAACAGAGAAGUCCUCAAACCCUUCACAGACUACCUUCCUCACUUCUCAUACACUCCAACUCUUAAUCCACCAUUCCCACAGUUGGCUGAUUCUUUCCCUCAUUAUCCCAGCCUACCGUCACCACCAGGCUACCCUGCUCCCAGUUUACCUCAGUCCACCAGGCUCUCAACCAUCCUGGGGAGUCAGACCGAGUCACUGCCCGCACCUACAUCCCCUGUCGUUGCCGACCAAGCUACAUCCUGCACCCCGCAUAGGCCGGAUCUCCCAGGAGUUCCCCAAGACCAUUAUUGUCAAACGCCAAACUUUACUGAUUUUCGCAAGGUGUUCCCACACAACGGGUUCAGUCAAUGGGAUUUGACGGAGGACUUUGAAGCUUUCAUCGGAGAUGCACAAGGAGCCCAAUCUGUGGCUAUCCACUGCGCUGCAGACGGACAUCCUGAACCCAAGGAGAGCGUGAGUCGGCUGGAGCACCAGAGCAUCUCCAGCACUGACGAGUCCAUGGAUGACCUGUCCGAUUUUUGCUUUCCUGACCUGGGCAACUUUAAUCUAUCAGAUUUGGACAUUUCUACAGCAAUGAUUGAUUAUUUUUUGGGCUGAUUGAUAAAAUAAAAGUUAUUAGUAAUAAACUAUUUGAAAGAAGUACAUGUUUAAAACGACAUUGUAAAUAGGCUUUACGUUAGCUAUAGGCUAGUAGACUAUAGCAGUAGGCCUAAUAUUAUUGGUGAGACUGCCCUCAUGUGAAUUAAAUGAAUAUAACUAUUCAGAAAUGUACAUAUUGUAGAUUAUUAC